UUUAAAAUUCUGCCGAAUUGAACCGAAUAAAGAUUCGGUUCGGGUCGGUUCGGUUCCCAAUUUGUUCGGUUCGGUUAUAGGCUUUAAAAUCAACUCCGAAUUAAACCGAUUUUUUUUUAAAUUCGGUUAAUUCAAACCGAGUAAUCCCAAAAACAAGAUAUUGGGUCAAAAAAAUUGUAGAAUGGGCCAAGAUAAACAAAAAAUUACAGUUACAAAUUAAUAAAGGGGCCAAAACGAAAAUAAACUUCAGCCCAAAAUAAAUAAAUUUAAGCCCAUUAACAAUUAGGGUUCAUGGUAUCUUGCCGCCGCUACCCUCUUCUCUCCCUCCAGCGGAUCUGCGAAGGAGACGGUGACGACAAUGGCGAGGGAUGAGAAUAUCUCCGUAACAAAAUCUGCCCCUAACGUGCUACCAUAGUCAACACCACAUGCAAUGGAGAGAAUUGACUUAAAAUAGCCAUGGAUGAGGAUGAUUAGGCUACUACGUUUUAAUUCUCUCUAGAAUAACACUGGCAUGGAUCGAUGUCGAGGCGGAGUAAGAAGAAGAGAACAAAAGAAAAGGGAUGGAGAAGGAAGAGUUAUGAAAAUAACGAAGGUGCAAGAAGAAGGUUGAAGGAGAAAAGAAGAAACGAGAUAGAGAACAAGAAGCUAUGAAGAUUAGAUCUAGGUUUUUUUUAUCUUUUUAUAGGUAGUAUCUAUUAACCGAGAAAACCGAUCGGUUAUGUCUGCCGAACCGAACCGAACCGAGAACCGAACUCCAAUUAUAAUUUUGCCGAUCGGUUUAGCCUUCUCUUCAUAGUCGGUAAUCGGAACCGAAAAAAUCGGUUUGUUCGGUUCGGUUUGUUCGGUUUAAUCCGAAAUCCCAGGCCUAGUUUCGCGGAUCCAUCGAACUUCUUCUCUCUUCUUCUUCUGACUCCUUAGCCGACGACACAGAGAAGAAGAAGACGAAGACGUUGGAGAGUCACAUCAAAGCUUAAACCUUUCGUGAUUUAUUCUCCUUUUUCCCGGGUUCGGAUUAAUUUUUCAAAUUCCGACGAAAUUCGCUAUCUUCUGGUGCUUGAGCUGCUUAGCUAAGUGAAGCAGAGAGAGUACAAUUGUUUAUCUUUUUAGGUUAAAUUAAGGAGAUUCUUGGCAAAAUUCUGAAGUAGCAGCAGUAGCUGUGUUUUGUGUUCAUAGAGAAUGGGAGCAGAAGAAUUUCCGAGUGUUCCGUUCAACUCAAAUGCAAUGGACAACGCUGAAUAUACCGACACAGAUUUGGUGUUUGCCGUUAGAAAGGCCCUUGCAUCUGUCCAAAAUGGAGAUACCGACGAUUAUAGUCAGCUUAAAACAGUGAUGUGCCUUACAGAAGACGCUGAUUUCGAUGCAGUGGCACAGCUUGAGACAGUCUUGAAAAGUCUAUCAGUUUCCGUUGCUUGGAUAGAUUUAGUUCAUCAUAAAGAUCUUCUUGAAGCUAUUUUUAAGAUGAGCUUGUGGUAUCAUAGUCACAGACCUAGUGUAAUGGAUGCAUUGGUGGACCUAAUCAUAUCACUGGCCGCUACUAGUGGAAAAUAUCUGGAUCCUUGUUUGAAUAUGCUCGUAAGAAAUUUCAGUCAACCUACUUUUAAGCAUAAAGUUUCACAAACCCAAUUAGUCAAAAAGAUGCAGGAAGUUCAUCCACGGGUGCAUGCAGCCCUUCACAAGAUUUCUUAUUUAAUUCCUCUUGCUCCCUGGAAUUUAGUGUCUAUACUUGCGCAGAACAUGCGUAAAAUUGACAAAAAGGACCCUUCUAUAGUGACAUAUGUGGAUAACCUGUUGAGGUUGGAGAAUAGCUCAAUCGGAGAAGUUGUUGGCAGCGUGAUUCUUAUGAUGGUAAUGGAGAGGAUGCUAGAUUUAGAUUUGGUAAGUGGAUGUGAUGACUCUAAUGGAGGCAUGUUUGAUAUGGAACUUGAAGAUGCAGUUGAAAGCACUAUGAAUGAAGGAGACGAGUUUCCAGUGGGGGCUCUAAAACAAAAUACUUCAGGUGGAAAUGUAGUCUCUGAACUGUUGGACAAAUUGAUGGUCCUAUUUUUUCAUCAUCUAGAAUCCUGUCAAAACUCUGAUCGUUUGGAUGAGGUAUUUGAAAUCCUCUUUAAGUCGUUCGAGAACUAUAUUCUGAACACAUACAAAACAAAAUUUUCACAGUUUCUGAUGUUCUAUGCAUGCUCACUAGAUCCUGAAAAUUGUGGUGUGAGAUUUGCCAGUAAGCUGUUGGACAUAUAUCUCUCCAGCAACACAUGUCGACUUACUAGGAUGAGUGCAGUGGCUUAUCUAGCUAGCUAUUUGUCUCGUGGAAAGUUUUUGCCUGCUUCUUUUGUGGCUAGCAUGUUGAAAAGAUUGGUGGACGAGUGUGCGGAAUAUUGCGGAACAUGCAAUGAUGAUGUGAAGCCAGAAGCACAUCAAGUGUUCUAUUCUGGAUGUCAGGCAAUCUUGUAUGUGCUAUGCUUCCGAAUGAGAUCCAUAGUGGAGAUUCCUCGCUUUCAAUCGCAGUUUAGAUCAUUGGAGUCAAUUUUAUCUCACAAACUAAACCCACUACUGGUGUGUCUUCCAUCUGUAGUUUCCGAGUUCCUUAAACAAGCCAAAGCUGGUGGUCUGUUCAUUGUCUCAGAAUCCUUCAUUUUCGAUGACCUACACGAGUCUGAGCUCUCUCGUGCUUUUGGUGGCUUUGAAAGGCUUGACACAUUCUUCCCGUUUGACCCGUGCUUGUUGAAAAUGUCUAGCAGCUACAUCUCCCCGAACUUCAACUUCUGGUCAAUGGUGAAAACGACUUAUGGAGAAGAUGGUGACGAAGAGCUUUGUGAUGAGGUCAUAGUGAAUGGAGAUGCAGACAGUGCGGAGGAACCUGACGAUGACGUUGAACUUGAUAGUGAGAUGAACACGAUGUCUACAACUCCGAAACACUCUUUCAUGCGAGAAACAGAGAGGCUCUUGAAGAUGCCUUCAAGAAUCAGACCAUCCACUAGUCCUCCUGAAUCCUUCUUAAUCUAAUAGUCAUAGAGAGAGGGAAUGCAAUUUUGCAAUGUAGGUUUCUUAUUACAAUCUCUUAGCUAGUGCGUAAACUCUAAAAAAAAGAAGUUGACAUGAGUUUUGUGCGAGUCUGUGGUAUUAUCUGAUCGCAUGUGGUUUUGUAGCAAAAUUUUGAAGAACAUCUAUGAAGUAAAAUUUAGUCAGUUGGUUUAUGAUUACCUAAUUUGAGUUUCGGUUUAAUUUGGUUAAGUUGAAAUGCUGA